GUUGAAAAUCGAAUCAAAUUCGUUUGGAAAGGGCCAUUGCUCGCAUUUCCGAAACGUUUAACAUUGCUGCUCCUUUUGUGGUGUGAAUUUAUAAAACUCGACAACCAAAAUGCGUGAAUGUAUCUCAGUCCAUGUCGGUCAAGCCGGAGUCCAGAUUGGUAAUGCCUGCUGGGAAUUGUACUGUCUGGAACAUGGAAUCCAACCUGACGGUCAGAUGCCCUCUGACAAAACCGUUGGAGGAGGUGACGACAGUUUCAACACCUUCUUCAGCGAAACCGGUGCCGGAAAGCACGUCCCCAGGGCGGUGUUCGUAGAUUUGGAACCCACAGUAGUAGAUGAGGUCCGUACCGGCACAUACCGCCAGUUGUUCCACCCCGAACAACUCAUCACUGGUAAAGAAGACGCCGCCAACAACUACGCCAGAGGUCACUACACCAUCGGUAAAGAAAUCGUCGACUUAGUCUUGGACCGUAUUCGCAAACUCGCCGACCAAUGUACCGGCUUGCAAGGUUUCCUCAUCUUCCACUCCUUCGGCGGUGGCACCGGCUCCGGUUUCACCUCCUUGUUGAUGGAAAGGUUGUCCGUUGACUACGGCAAGAAAUCCAAAUUGGAAUUCGCCAUUUACCCCGCCCCACAAGUCUCCACCGCCGUAGUCGAACCCUACAACUCCAUCCUGACCACCCACACCACUCUUGAGCAUUCCGACUGCGCCUUCAUGGUUGACAACGAAGCCAUCUACGACAUCUGCAGACGCAACUUGGACAUUGAACGCCCCACCUACACCAACUUGAACAGAUUGAUCGGCCAGAUUGUCUCCUCCAUCACCGCCUCCUUGAGAUUCGAUGGCGCUUUGAACGUUGACUUGACUGAAUUCCAGACCAACUUGGUACCUUACCCUCGUAUUCAUUUCCCUCUAGUCACCUACGCCCCAGUUAUCUCCGCUGAAAAAGCCUACCAUGAACAACUCUCUGUUGCUGAAAUCACCAACGCCUGCUUUGAACCCGCCAACCAGAUGGUCAAAUGCGACCCUCGUCAUGGUAAAUACAUGGCCUGCUGCAUGUUGUACCGUGGGGAUGUCGUCCCCAAGGACGUCAACGCGGCCAUCGCCACCAUCAAGACCAAGCGUACCAUCCAGUUCGUGGAUUGGUGUCCAACUGGUUUCAAAGUGGGUAUCAACUACCAGCCACCAACUGUCGUUCCAGGCGGUGAUUUGGCUAAGGUACAACGUGCCGUGUGCAUGUUGUCCAACACAACCGCCAUCGCUGAGGCUUGGGCUCGUUUGGAUCAUAAGUUCGACUUGAUGUACGCCAAACGUGCCUUCGUUCACUGGUAUGUAGGCGAAGGUAUGGAAGAAGGUGAGUUCUCUGAGGCCCGUGAGGAUUUGGCCGCUUUGGAGAAGGAUUAUGAAGAGGUUGGAAUGGACUCUGGAGAAGGUGAAGGCGAAGGAGGCGAAGAAUAUUAAAUCGCAAGAUUUUAUUUUAUGGUUGCGAUGUCUGGUCUAAAUUUUUUUUACAAGAUUUGGUUUACCUGAAUACAAUUUUUUGCAACUGAA